AUGAUCAGGUUAAACAUGAAAUUCUCGACUGUCUUCGCUACAUUGGCAAUGGCCGCCGCCUCCCUGAGCGGUGUCGCAGCUCAAACCACGUCCAGGUGCUGGACAUCCGCCACGCCAGUCGUUGCUAACUACGGCCCUUUGGCCGACCUCCGCGCAGACGCCAGUCAAUUCUGCAACGAGUACGCUGCGGGUCCUGGUAUCUCCUCCGCUGGUCGUCUUAUUUUCGGAUUCCAAUCCGCCGGGUUCUUUGGAAACUUUGCCAGCAACGCGUCGUGUGUGAGCACCUUCAACCAGCUUGUCACCGACUGCUACGGAACAAACCCGAGUCGCCCAGCCACCCUUGGUGGUGUCCGCACCGACCCCGGAGGUGCUGAACUCGUCAUUGCAUUCGGCGAUGGAACCAAGCUUUAA